AUGUCUACAACUACAGGCGCGUUUUUGGCCGGAGGUAUCGCGGCGUGCGGUGCCGUCACCGUUACCCAUAGUUUCGAGACUGUGAAGAUCCGACUCCAAUUACAAGGCGAAUUGCAGACAAAGAGCGAGGUUGCUAAGAAAUACAAUGGUGUUCUGCACGGUGUCAAAGUCAUUCUUCAAAAUGAGGGCCCUCGAGGUUUAUUCCGAGGAAUUGGUUCUGCUUACAUCUACCAAGUCCUGCUGAACGGCUGCCGUUUAGGCUUUUAUGAACCUAUCCGCUCGAACCUUACAACCAGUGUCUACAGUGACCCCAAAGUCCAAUCCCUCGGCGUUAAUGUCUUUGCCGGUGCGGCCUCCGGUGUCAUUGGCGCUGCUGCAGGUUCUCCCUUCUUUCUUGUGAAGACCCGUCUUCAAUCCUUUUCACCUUUCCUCCCUGUCGGCACUCAGCACAACUACAAGAACUCCUUUGAUGGCCUGAGCAAGAUUUACAAGAGCGAGGGUAUCAAGGGAAUCUAUCGCGGUGUUGACGCCGCUAUGAUCCGUACUGCAUUCGGUAGCGCUGUCCAGCUUCCUACAUACUUCUUUGCCAAGCGACGCUUGUCCCACCACCUGGGCAUGCAGGAGGGACCUGCGCUACACCUUGCAAGUAGCGCGGCAUCUGGAUUUGUUGUUUGCUGUUUCAUGCACCCACCCGAUACCAUCAUGGCCCGUAUGUACAACCAAACUGGUAAUCUCUACGCAGGUCCCCUCGAUUGUCUCGUCAAGACAGUUCGCAAAGAGGGCCUCUUGGCCAUCUACAAGGGCUUCUUCGCCCACUUGGCCCGUAUCCUUCCCCAUACAAUCCUUACCCUCAGCUUGGCGGAGCAGACCAACAAGUUGAUGCGCCGAGUAGAAGACCGAGUCCUCCCUGACUCGCUGCGUGACAAGCUAUAG